UCCUCCUCCACAUCUCAGCUGUCAUGACACGAAUCAGCGCUAUCAUUUUACCGAUCAAGUCUUAAAACACAUUUGAGAGCUGCUGGCACCGAGCUAACCUAACAGGGUGUUAGCUGUCAGGAAGAAGAGGCUGGAGACUCGCUAAGAUGUUGAGGGCUGGCGGUAUUUUGAAGUUAGCAGCGCUUGUCUUUGCAUUCCUCCUGGCUGUCUUUCUGGCUUUUCAACUGCUGGAGAUUAACUUGGAUUUUAUACUUAGCAUCCUGUCUUCAAAAUCUCUGCCAGGGAAUGAAGGCCCAACAAAGCCAGUCAGGUACAAGUGUGGGCUGUCCAAGGCAUGUCCAUUUGGACACUUUGCCUUCAAGAUGGCGAGCGGUGCAGCCAGUGUGGUGGGGCCCCGAGUCUGCCUGGAGGACAAGUUACUCAUGAGCGGUGUGAAGAACAACGUGGGGAGAGGAAUCAACAUCGCCCUGGUUAAUGGGAAAACAGGCGAACUGGCCAAGACAGGUUUUUUUGAUAUGUGGGCAGGAGAUGUGGCUCCCCUAAUUAAAUUCCUGAAGGAAAUUGAAGAUGGGACAGUCGUAAUGAUGGCAUCUUUUGAUGAUCCUUCAACAAAACUGAACGAUGAAGCCAGGAAGCUCAUUUCAGAUCUGGGCAGCUCCGCUGUCAGUAAUCUGGGCUUCCGAGAUAACUGGGUCUUUGUAGGAGGGAAAGGCAUCAAGACCAAGAGUCCAUUUGAGCAGCAUAUAAAGAACAGUGCAGAGACCAACAAGUUCGAGGGCUGGCCCGAGGUGCUGGAGAUGGAGGGCUGCAUACCACAGAGGCAGGACUGAUCCGGGUCCUCUUUAACCGUCGGUCACCCUUUUCUCGCCCAGUCUGCCAUUUCUGUUCUCUAGAGACUUUUUUUUUUAGAGGUCGCACUUAUUUGGGCAGUGAAAAGUCAUUUCACACCUCUCAUUCCAAAGCCUUAUCUACCAGAAAAACAAUUCACCAGAAGAUAUUAGCAGGAAAGAGGAGCACUUCAACCAGAACUGGAAUGUAAAGCUCGGACCUUCUUGCACUUCUCCUCAUAUCUGCAUAACAUUUCAUACAGUAGAUGCUUAUCGGGGGCUUCUAAUUGGAGCUAGUUAGUAGAGUUCACGGUUUAGAAGGGAUUUUUUUUUUAAUUACGGGCUUUCUAUCGCACUCCUUACCUUUAAGGCCCCACAACUUAGUGAGAUAGUGUUGCAUUAUUGCACUGUUGUUGAUGGAAAUAGAUGUCACAGCCCAGAUUUUUUUGGGAAGGGGGCAAAAUGAUUUCCAUUACUUGUUUCCUGCCUUAACUAUCCUAGUCAUAGCCUUUUUUUUUAAAGUCUUUGUGAUUCCUUUUUUUCUUUCAGAGUUGUUUAUUUUGGGAAAGUUAAUAUUAACAGGAUUUAAAGAUACUUCUUGUCAUGUUAUUAUAACCAAAUACACCAAAUUCACUGUGAAAUUUGUAUAUAUUUGUUUAGAGAAGGGUCCAAAAUUGAAAGGUCCUAAGUUGAUGAAUACUGUAAUAUUAAUAUAAUUUGUUAAAAUAAAUGAUAUUGUGAGAAA